ACGGGCCGUGCUGUUUACUUUCUGCUCUGUGGUAAAUGGAUGUCACUUCCUUGAUUAAAAUGCUGGUGUGCAGCCAGAUUCUCUUCCUUCGGGCUCGCGCGCUCCGAGAAGCCGUGCACCUAGUGAGCGCACACGCUGCUGAAUCCGGUUGUGUGCCACGCUCCGUGAUCCGGCUCCCGGAGGCGCUGGGAUGUGCUGCAUCUCCUGCCUUCCGAGAUGCCUGGCACCCACACGUCGAGGCUUUGAAGGCAUCUCCGAGGUGGAGGAGCACAGGUGCAACUGUGUGGUGCUGUAUUAAAGAGGGUUUGAAGAUGGAUUCCCAGAAGGCACAGGCUGAACUACCGGCCGUGCGCUGGCCCCCUCUGAAGGGGAAGGUCUAGACAGCGCACGGGCAUGGGGUGCCAGUGUCAGCCUGCUCUGUCCGUCGAAAGCAGCCAGCCGACCCGAGGAUGCAGGCACGGUGCCAGUGCAACUGCUAGCCCCCCUGUGCCUGGCAGCGUAGGCUCUCUUGGAUGCACAGAAGCCUGACCAAGACGCCACAGACACUAACCUGGACACCCGGUUCUGACUAUGCUUGGUGCAGGUUGACCUGAACGCUCCGUCCUCUGCCUUCAUAGCUGGCCAGUUUCUCACCUGAAAAAUUUUAGGCUGACAUCGAAGUUGCUGAUCAGACCGGUGAGCAAUUUUACUAUGUGGGCAAGCUGUUGUAACUGGUUUUGUCUGGAUGGCUCACCUGAAGAGAUGCAGCCGCAGCCGCAGCAGGGAGCCAGAGCCCAAGCCUAUUCCAACCCCGGGUACAGCUCCUUCCCAUCUCCCACUGCCUCCGAACAGAGCUGCAAAGCCUGUGGGGUGCACUUUGACAGCUCCUCUAGGAAGCACAUCUGCUUGGACUGUAAGAAGAAUUUUUGUACGUCCUGCUCAAACCAGCCUGAAGGUGGUCCUCUUCUCUGCCAUCUAUGCCAGCGUUUCCGAGCCACAGCUUUUCAGCGAGAAGAGUUGAUAAAGAUGAAGGUGAAGGAUCUGCGAGACUAUUUGGCACUCCGUGAGAUUUCCACAGAGCUGUGUCGUGAAAAGGAGGACCUGGUAUUUCUGAUUCUUGGCCAGCAGCCUGUAGUUACCCAGGAAGGUCAGAUAAGAACAAACCCAUUUAAUACCAGUGCCUCUGGACAGCAAGACUUUGUGAUUCUCCCACCAACCAGCAUAGCAUCUUCUACCUCACAUGAUGCGUCUCCAGGGUCUGCAGAUCCCAUCUCAAGUUCACUAGCUCAGGAACAUCAACAGGCAAAUGGUUAUGUGUCUCCAAGCCAAGUCGGUAUGACAGGAGUUGAGAAUGCAGCAGAAGCACCAACAGAGGAAGAGACACAGUCUACUGACUCGGAAGAUAACCUGGUGCAGGGGAGGAAGGCUUCUCUUUCUGAUCUGACAAGCAUCGGAGACAUCAAUGCGCUCUCUGUGCGACAGCUGAAGGAAAUUCUUGCUCGCAACUUUGUCAACUACAAAGGCUGCUGUGAGAAGUGGGAGCUGCUAGAGAGGGUGACUCGUCUUUAUAAAGAGAAAGACCUUCAACAUCUAGUUGCUGACACUGACGAUCAAACUGGUGGUGCUGGGCUCCCUGGCGCGGAGGACAACCUCUGCAAAAUCUGCAUGGACGCCCCCAUUGACUGUGUCCUGCUCGAAUGCGGCCACAUGGUCACUUGCACCAAGUGUGGGAAGCGGAUGAGCGAAUGUCCCAUAUGCAGGCAGUACGUGAUAAGGGCCGUCCACGUAUUUAAGUCCUAAGUGUGUGUAUGGAAGACGGGUGCUGCCUUAAAGCCUCCUCUGCUCUUAGAGAAACGGUCAGAAUCGCUACAGGUAGUUAGGUCAGGGAUUAGCACCUGGACCCCGGUGGAAGCUGGAAGUGAGGGAAGGAUGAAGCCUGGGAAAGUUGCUCCUACUGAAGCCAUGCCUGGCCGUGCUCUUCCCACUAUAGUGCUUUACACCACAGUGCCUGGACUCCUCGGAGCUUACCGUCAGCAGCAGACACAGCAGUCGGUAACAACCGACGCUCUAGAACAACUCGAUGCGCUACUGUUGGGGAUUGAUGGAUUCCCGGCUUUCCACCACAAACACCAGGGUCACAGGCUUUGUAUUUCCCCCCGAGUAAUAAACAAAAGUGGACUGGGGUCUCAAAAAGUGACAUCUGUUUUACUGCUUAGGCUAUAUACCCAGCAACAACUUUAUUUUCAAAGAUUAAAAUUUUACUGUUUGUUAAUUUUCUUUUUUUUUUUUAAUUUAACGUUAAAUUCUUAUGCUUGCAGGACAGGCAGACAGCCUUUGAUUUCCAUAUUCAUAACUACAGCCUAGUGCAACUGUGGAAAAAUGUAUCAUUUUAUUUGAAGAUGGACUUUUUUAUUAUUGAAAAAUGUAAGGGGAGUGAGACUGUGAAACAUACAGCCUUA